AUCCUGGGCGGCGGCAUGGGCUCGGACAAGCGGGUGAGCAGGACGGAGCGGAGCGGCCGCUACGGCUCCAUCGUGGAGAGGGAGGACCGCGACGAGCGGGAGUCCCGCAGCCGGCGUAGGGAUGACUACAAGAGGUCCAGUGAGGAGCGCCGCGGUGACCGCUAUGAUGACUAUCGCGACUACGACAGCCGCGACUACGAUAGCCGAGACUACGACAGCCGCGAUAGCCGAGACUGCCGCGACUACGACAGUCGGGACUACGACAGUCGAGACAGCCGGGUCUGCCGAGACUACGACAGUCGCGACAGCCGCGAUUGCCGAGACUACGAUAGCCGAGACUGCCGCGACUACGACAGCCGGGACAGCCGAGACUACGAUUGCCGGGACUACGAUAGUCGGGACUGCCGAGACUACGACAGUCGCGAUAGCCGAGACUAUGAUAGAGACUACGACAGCCGCGAUUACGAUAGCCCUGAGAGGGAGCGGGAGCGCAGGAACAGCGACAAAUCGGAGGACGGAUACCAUUCCGAUGGCGACUACGGCGAGCACGACUACAGGAACGAUAUUAACGAUGAAAAAGAAAGCAAGACCAUCAUGUUGCGUGGGCUCCCCAUCACGGUCACGGAGAACGAUAUUCGUGAGCUUAUUGAAUCCUUUGAAGGUCCUCAGCCUGCAGACGUGAGGCUGAUGAAAAGAAAGACAGGUGAGAGCUCUUAAUCCAGUUUUUGACAUCACCUUCCUCUUCCCCAGCCCAAAAGAGUAUCCAGAAUUGUCCCCAAACUGCAAGCACAUGCAAU